UUAAAUUCGGGCUCUCUCCUUUCCCUUCGUAUUCAUGACUCUUGAAUUUUCAUAAACAAACGAGAAUGGGUGUUGGCCUUAAACCAUUGGAGUUUACGGAUUGUUUAACCGACAGUCCGUACUUCCGCGAGAAUCUUCACUAUCACGAGCGCGAAUUGGAAAAGACCAGUCAGCAGAUCAAACGGCUCGUUAAGGAGGUCAAAGAUUUAUUGCUAGCUGCUAAGAAUUUGUCUAGAGCGCAAAGAGCCUUUUCCAAAACGUUGCAAAACUUUAGUUUUGAAUGCAUUGGCGAGAGCCAAACUGAAGACGAAACUCAUAUAUCUCAGAGUUUGAAAGAAUUUGGCAAACUUAUAGCAUCCAUAGAAGAUGAGAGGGAUCGCAUGUUGGAACGAGCAUAUGAUCAAAUUAUAUUACCUUUGGAGAAUUUUAGAAAAGAACAUAUCGGUGGAGUUAAGGAUGGUAAAAAGAAAUUUGAGAAACAGACGAUUAAAUUUUGUCAGAGUCAAGAGCGUUACUUGAAUUUAUCCACGAAAAAGCAGGACAAUGUUUUGCAAGAGGCUGAUGCGACAUUGGAGAUGGCUGAAAGACACUUCUCUCAAGCUAGUUUAGAAUAUGUAUUUUUACUGCAGGAAGUUCAGGAGCGGAAAAAGUUUGAAUUUGUCGAAACGUUGUUGGGAUUUAUGUUUGGAUGGCUGACAUUCUAUCAUCAAGGUCAUGAAGUCGCGAAAGAUUUCAAACCCUACAUGACAGAGCUACAAUUAAAAAUUCAGAAGACUAGAGAGAAUUUCCUUGCUACCCGGGAUAAAACUGAAUCACUUAUGAAUAAAAUGAAGGACAUGAAAAAGUCCGCUGUAGAAAGUGGUCUCAACAAAUUACACUCGCGAGAAGGAUAUUUAUUCCUAAUGGAGAAAAAAGCAUUUGGUACAACAUGGACGAAACAGUAUUGCACAUAUCAAAAGGAUAGGAAAGAAUUCACUAUGAUUCCUUAUAAUCAACUCACGGGAAAAUUUAGUGGUAAGGAAACCCUUACACUGUGGUCUUGCAUACGACGAACAUCGGACACUAUCGAAAAAAGAUUUUGCUUUGAUAUUACUGCCAUAGAUAAACCUAGUGUAAUAUAUACAUUCCAAGCGCUUUCCGAAGAGGAUAGGAAGUUAUGGAUGGAUGCUAUGGAUGGGAAGGAACCUGUGAGAAUCUUUGUACAUUUCAAUGAUAUUCAAAUGACCUGUCCACGAUUAGGUUCUUCCACGAGAUCCGAAGAUAUGACGUUGGCUGAAACCGGUUUUACGUUCGUAUCGAAAUGUAUUGCAGCGCUCGAAGAUAGAGGACUAGAAGAACAAGGUUUAUACAGAGUGGUCGGAGUUGCUUCUAAAGUAAAUAAACUUUUAACAAUGGGUCUCGAUAAAAGGAAAGUGGAUAAGCUCAGCUUAAGCGAUCGUUUUGAAUGGGAGAGUAAAACUAUUACCAGUGCGCUCAAAACUUACCUGAGAACAUUGUCCGAGCCAUUAAUGACUUUCCGAUACUACAAUAGCUUCAUUACAGCUGCGAAACAGGAGAUGAAGGAAACUCGGAUAAAUGAUAUACAUAAUCUUGUUUAUCGAUUGCCUAAACCCAAUUUCAAUAUGUUGAUUCUUCUUAUUACUCAUCUUUGUAGCGUGGCAAAAAAAAGUGACAAAAAUCUGAUGACUGUGGGGAACUUGGCGGUGUGUUUUGGUCCGACUUUAUUACGACCAGAAGAAGAAACAGUAGCUUCUAUAAUGGACAUUAAAUUUUACAAUAUUGUUGUUGAAAUAUUGAUUGAGAAUUAUGAAAAAAUAGUAACUGGACCACCCCAAGAUUCUUUGCAGCGCGCAGUAGCAGCGCAAUCCACGCUACAAGCUACUGUUAUCCCAAAUAAAUCGCAAUGCAUUAAAAUGGAAGAAGGUCCAACUUCCUCGGGUAAUGGAACGGCAUUUUUAAGAUAUCCGCUACACACAGCGGUACAUACAACAGUUACACCCGCGUCAUCACACGCGCACCUUGUUACAAGAUCUUACUAUGACGGUCAGCCUUUGACUGUUAAUAAGUCGCCCACUAUUGAUGAGAGAAAUAACGGAGAUUAUGACCGAGAAGAUCUUGAUAACACAGGUCAUCGUAUACCAUCAUACUUGGAUAGUCGCGGCGGUGGUACCAGCAGCAGUCGCAUAAAAUUGACUAACGCGAACCUUAUGUAUCAUUCAACUGACAAAGUUCUAAGCGGUGGCAAUACGAGUAGUUCGAGCGAAUCAAUAGCCUCGGAUCCUCAUCCCUUUACAGGCGAAUUACCAAUAAAACAAAAACGUGGCACUAUGAUAUCCGUGCACUAUCCCACGGCUUAUCCUCAGCGUAGCAACUCGUCAUCGAUAUGUCCCAUCAACACUUCACCCGGUAGUGGACGUUCGAGUCCUGGUCAAAUUCCAGGAAUAUGGAGAGUGCGAACCUUAUAUGCGUGUAUGGCGGAAAACGAUGGCGAAUUAUCAUUUGAACCAAAUCAAAUUAUCACAAAUGUUAAGGCCUCUUUGGAACCAGGUUGGCUGGAAGGUACAUUAAACGGUAAAACGGGUUUAGUGCCGAAGAAUUAUGUAGAGCAACUGCCCUAAGUACUGUGAAGGAAAAGAAAACCAAAGAGCGUCUGAGAAAAUGUAGACAAUUUUAUCGUUACAAAACAAUUUACAAAUAUUCUUUUAGAUAACAUUCUUGAUAUCACUGAGAAGGAAGCAAAUUUAUGAAAAUUGUACUAUACAAGA